AUGAUAUUUGGAUCAAUGCUAUCAGUUAGCCAAAUGGUAACGCUCUACAACACAUCGGUAAUACCUGCCGCAGUUUAUGUCUUGGGGAACUUGUAUCCCCAGGAAAGAAGAACAACCACCCUGAAGAAGUGCCGUGAUCUUGACGGGGAUGUGAGGAAACUGUUUAUCUCCUACAACAUGAAAGGAAGAACAUCUGCCAGGGUAUCCACAUAUAUUCCAUCGUCUCGAGGGGGCCUCGGACUGAAGUCGAUCGAACAUGAGGUGGAAGUCAUGUAUGUAAGAAAGGCAGCGUACUUGCAAUCUCACCAGGACCUCGAGAAGACGCGGGAGAGGUAUAACCGGCUGAUUGCUGCUGGGUGGAGAAACCCAAUGGGGGAUGCCAACCAUGUCCUCGGCAAAUACCAAGUUAACAUGCGGGGAAGAAGAGUGGAUGAACCAGUGAGAGACUAUUGCAGGAGCUUGGCCAGAGAAAUCGAACACCAACAGCUAACCUGGCUUAUGAAUGAAUGGAAAGGGUGUAAAUAUGCAAGAGUUGUCGAUGAGAACGCCAACAUUAUGGCCUGCCCCGCGUUUACAUCACCAUACAUGGAGAGGUGGAUGUUCUCAUUGAUACUCAAUGCAGCAGAAGAGCAAGUCGCAGGACUCGGUACAUAUACCGGUAAAAAAUGUCGUAUGGGAUGUGAAGUGGUGGAAACAGCGUACCACGUUGUAUCGGCGUGCCUAGGACCAGAAUAUACAACAAGACAUGACAAUGCGGUUUGCUGGUUCAUAAAACAUAUACUCUAUGCAAUGAAGGCUCCCAAGUUCCUAUCUGACCAUAUCCAUCUGUCAAGGUCAUCGCUGGUAGCAGAAUUCAUGUGGGGAGAGAGGGUAGUUAAAAUCAGGGCUGAGGUUCGCAUCAUGACUGACGUGAAACUCCAUCAUAACAAGCCGGACAUCAUGUUCAUCCUCUCAAACCCAGACGAAGUCAUCGUGCUGGAACUUGCAGUGUCGCACCUGCAAAAUAUGAGGCUGCAGGAGACAAUCAAGAGAACAAGAUACGCUAAGAACUCUGUGGUACCAGUCACUGGGGCUAACGUAGAUGAUGUUGGUCGCGACUACAACGUUGCUAACAUCCUAAGAGAGAUCCACAGAUGCCCUGUUUACCUGGGUGUAUAUGUCUUCGGAGCACUGGGAGAAAUCCUCAAUACUGAGGCGCAUAUCAAGGGGCAGGCAAUCUUGGGAAAGUUGGGCCUCUCAAGGAGAAGUAUUGACCUGUUGAUGAGGAGAUGCUGCUUCGCCGUAGCCAAGGAGUCAACCAAGAUCUUGAUGCGGAGGCUGAACUAUCGAAAAUAG